AUGACAUUUGCCUACCCGCGCAACUCGGGCGCUUCUACCCUCCCAUCCUUCAGUCAAUAUCAGCCCUCAAGGCCUCGAAAUCUCUUCACCCGCGCGUGGGACACCAUCCCUUCAGCAGCAAAACAAUGGCUUCCCGUUCGGAGUAUCAGCCGAGGAGUUGCCCGAGCGAAGGCUGAGGGGAUCAAGAUAACAGCAAUGAAGCUUGCCAAACGGACUUUCACAAUCCCCAAUGCAAUUAUCUUGCUAUGGAUGUUCUCCAUUCGGUGGGGUGAACGGACGGUGUUUGAGGACAGCAUCAACAAGUGCCUCUGGGACAGCUGGGAGGAAUGGCCCCAAGACGCGGUGCCACAUCACAUUGCCUUUGUCGCCGAUCCUCAACUUGUGGAUCCCCACACAUACCCCGGUCGACCAUGGCCUUUGUCGACGUUAACAGUGAAAUACACAGACCAAUAUAUGCGACGGUCAUUUUCCUUGAUACAAGAUCACCUCGAGCCGGACUCAGUGCUGUUUCUUGGUGACCUUUUCGAUGGCGGCCGAGAAUGGGCCACAGCUACGAGUAGCAGCCCGGAACAACGGUGGAAAAAGUACAAGGAUCCUUUCUGGAAGAGGGAAUAUGGUCGCUUCAUCAAAAUAUUUGUAGAUCCGUGGGAGAAGCAACGGUCGCCGCCUGUGGAUGAUCGCGGCCGUAGGAUGAUUGCAAGCUUGCCUGGCAAUCAUGAUCUCGGAUUCGGCAAUGGCGUUCAGGUGCCAGUCCGCAAUCGAUUUGAGUCCUUCUUCGGGAGCACGAACCGUGUCGAUGUUAUCGGAAACCACACUUUCGUUUCAGUGGAUGCUCCCUCGCUGAGCGCGAUGGAUCAGCCCGAUCCAUUGACAGGUAGCUCCCCAACCGCCAGCGACGAGCAUCGCUCACUGCGCCCGAUCUGGAAAGAUGCAGAUGACUUUUUGGACAAGAUGGCGAUCCACAAGGCCAAGGCGGAGACGAAUGAGCUGCGGAUGCUACAAAACCAGGACGAGGGACACCGUAUGUUCGAUUACCGCGUUGUCGAUGCCGUGGAGCCCGUCAUCCAGCAUAAGUCAGAGCCAGUGAGCGCGGGAUUUCCUACCAUCCUUCUCACCCAUAUUCCGCUCUAUCGCAAGCCAGCAACUCCUUGUGGCCCUCUGCGCGAGCGCUACCCGCCGUCUUCAUCCGACGAGGAACUACAAGAAGAUGAGCCUAACGCUCUGAAAAUUACUGGAGGCUACCAGUACCAGAAUGUUUUGACGCAAACCAUUUCCACAGAACUGGUUUCAAAAGCAGGACCCAACGUUGUCCAGGUCUACUCUGGUGACGACCAUGACUACUGUGAAGUCUUACACCGGGAGUUCAACGGCUCCCCAAAUGAGAUUACAGUCAAGAGCUUCUCCUGGGCAAUGGGAGUCCGCCACCCAGGCUUUAUGCUCACCAGUCUCUGGAACCCAAUUGAUCCCAAGACAGGCAAAGCCAUUCAAGAUGGAUCACCACCAACCAUUCAAAACCAUCUCUGCAUCCUCCCCGACCAGUUGGGGAUCUUCAUCCACUAUCUAACCAUCCUUGGCCUGAGCGUCUGCGUUCUCCUCAUCCGUUCCAUCUACCUUGUCCUCUCCUCCCCCGAGCCAUCCCCAUCCGGCGCUCUCCUCCCCCUCUCCGAGCGCCGUUCCCCACACCACCAACAUCACACCUCCGGCGCAUCCAGUUCAACCCUCACAUCGCCGGGUGGCUUAGCUAGCCGCGGUGUCUUGGCAGCAUCUGCCCGCUAUCCGGGCACUACAUCCCCGCAAGAUGCUUAUCAGGGUCCCGACGAUGAUUUCGGCGGCUCCUCAAAAAGCAGAAGUGCAUGGCGCCCCGCCUCGGGUAUCCGCUCUCACUCCACGGCGUCCCUCAUCGCGCGGGAAUUGUACAAAUCCAUGAAGCAUGUGGCGCAGGUGGUACUGGUUGUGUAUUUCAUCCUGAUCUGGCGCUGGUAG